AUGGCCGCGCUGCGCGUCGUCGUCGAGCUCGGCGACCAGCGGUUCGCCGUCAGCGUGCCCGCGCGGCACCACGACCGCAGCGUCGGCAGAGUGCUCCUGAGACCGCUGGAGAAGCAGGGCUUCCUCGUCGAAGAGCUGCUCCUCGGCGGCCGGCCCCUGGAUCCGGCGUCGCUCGUGUCGCGGGUGCCGUGGCCGCCGUCGCCGGUCGUCCGCGCGCUUCCGCCGCUGCCGCUACUCGAGCUGGCGGCGGUGCCCGACGACUUCCAGGUCGUGAAGUGGCGCGGCUUCGGCGAAGCGGCGUCGGCAAGCCUGAAAGGCCCGUCCGGCCGCCCGGCGGCGGCGUGGGUCGCGAGCGCGAGCGCCGCCGAGCGCGAGGCGACGACGCCCGUGCUGCCCAUCGCCGGCGGCUGCACCGUCGCCGCGCAGCCCGCGGAGAGCGGCGCCCACGAGCUCGUCCUCUACGACGACCUCGGGCUACGAAAACGCGCGAUGCCCCUCUCCGUUAAAGCCCCGCCGCCGCUGGCGCGGCCCUGGGCGACGCUGCCUCGCGCGCGCAAGGACGAGGUGCGGCGCUGGCUCCGACGGUGCGGCCGCUGCCGAGCGUUCGUCGACGGCUCGGACAUGCUCCAGCUGCCCCUGCCGCCGGAGGACGACGGCGCCGCGGACGCGCCCCUCGCGUGGACCCGGCCGGCGCCGGGCCGCGUCGCCGUCCUCCGCGACUUCAUUCCCGCCGCGCUCGCGGCGCGGGCGAUCCGCGCCGCCGAGGCCCACCUCGUCGAGGCGGCGGCGCACACCGUGGGCGUCGGCGAGGCGCGGCCGGCGUACUCGUCGCGCGCGUACCGCACGAACCGUUCCUGCUUCCUCGACGCGCACGACGAAGGCGUCGUGAGGGCGAUCCGCGCCGCGGUGCGGGCCGCGUUUCCAGAGGUCGAGGGCCGCGAGCUCGAGCUCCAGGUCGUGCACUACAAGCCGGGCGAGGUCUUCCGCCUGCACUCGGACGUGGGCGUCCGGCGCAACGACGGGACCUUCGGACGGUCCUGGUCCAUGUUCGUGUACCUGCGGGGGCCGGCGGGCGGCGGAGGCGGCACGGUCUUCCCGCGGCUCGCGAGCUCGGACGUCUACGACGGCGCCACGGGCGCCGUCCACCUCGACUGCUGCGAAUCGGUGGACGGCGGCGGCGUGUCGCUCAAGCCCGAGGACGGCUCCGCGCUGGUCUGGCGCAACGUCGACGACCACGACCGCCGCGACCGCCGCGCGUUCCACGCCGGCGCCGCCGUCGCGGAGGGCCAGGAGAAGUGGGGGCUGAACGUGUCUCCGGCGAUCCAGGUCGCGACGCUCUCGGUGGCGCCGCUCUGCCCGGGCCGGACGGACCACGUCCGCGUCGCCCGGGUCCUGCGGGAGGCGGCCGUCGCCGACGUCGCCGCGGCCGACGAGCCGCCCGUCGCGCCGCGGGGGCUUCGGGAGGCGGCCGUCGCCGACGUCGCCGCGGCCGACGAGCCGCCCGUCGCGCCGCGGGAGCGCGGCCGCGGGCCGGCGCCGGCGCCGCUCGCGGCCUUUCGCGCGCUCGCGGCGGCGCUGCCCGGCGACCUCGCGCUCGCCUGGGGCGGCCGCGACGUCGUCCAGUUCUGCCUGCGGACGGUCGAGGACGUCGUCGGCGGCGCGGCGGACCGCUGGCUCGAGGCGCGCGGGUCCCUGCCGGGCUGGCGCCGCGACGCGGUCGCGGCCGCGCUCCGCGGCGCCGCGGCGGACCUCGGCCUGGCGAUCCGCGUCGACACCAUGGGCGAGGAGAAGCCGGGCCUGCUCAUGAACACGGCCGUGGGGACGGUCUGCGGCGCCGUCUACGGCUCCGUCGUGUCCGCCUGGGUCGCCCCGAAGAUCGGGAAGCUCGACGGCGUCGAGCUGAGCCAGGACGCGCUGCCGAGCUUCCGCACGAUGACGCGGCACGUCGGCGGCCACGCGCUCGUCUUCGGAGGCGUCGCGGCGGCGUUCUCCGUCGGCGAGGCCGUCGGCGGCGCCAUGCGCGGCGAGGACGACGUCGUCGCGGCCUUCACGGGCGGCGCGACGGCCGGCGCCGUGCUCGGCGUCGCGCGGACGAAGACCAUCGGCCACGGCCUCGCGUUCACGCUCGGCUUCGGCGCGCUGUCGGCCUUCGUCCACCUCGCCCACGGGUCCUUCAUCCAAGACAAGGAGAAGCAGCACGCGCGGCACUCCGUGACGCGGGUCUAGGGCGGGGGAGCCGGGGGAGCCGGGGCCCCCACUUUUAAGCCAUCGCGCGAGGUCGCGGAUCC